AUGGAGAUGGCAAAUUAUGCAUGUUAUAAUGUAUCAUUUGGUCCUUCAAACAAUAUCUGGAUGGCUGAUGAUAUUAUGAUAAAACAUGUUCCUCUUUUGUGUCUCCAAAUUGCUUAUGAUAUUUUGGUUUCUCGGCUUUUCUACUUCGUCCUUAAGCCCCUUCAUGUGCCCCUCAUUAUUGCGCAGGUGUUGGCUGGUUUUACUCUGAGUCCAAGUCUCUUGGGAAAUUUUGAAUGGGUAUUUUCCUUGUUUUAUAGUCAAUAUGGAAUCCUAGCCGUUGAAACCUUUGCAAACUUAGGAAUAAUGUACUAUGUGUUCCUAAGUGGUUUAGAAAUGAAUUCAGACACCAUCUUAAGAUCAAGGAAGAAAGGUACAAGCAUAGCAAUUGCCGGCAUUGUGACGCCAAUGUUAUUUGGUGUUGGAUUUCUAGCUCUACAACAAAAACUUAUAGAUAAAAAUGAUGUUUUCGCACAAACACCAAAAGAAAAUCAAGGCGAAGCAUAUUUAUUCUGGUGUUUAGCACUUUCUGUAACAGGUUUCCCUGUCCUUGCAAGAAUCUUAGCUAAUCUUAAACUUUUAUAUACAAAGCUUGGAAAAGAUGCAUUGACAGCAGCUAUGUUAACCGAUGCAUAUGGUUGGGUUAUGUUUACCUUGUUGAUUCCUUAUUCGACUAGAGGUGGAAAGCCUUAUCUCUCAGUAAUCUCUACUUUGAUGUUCAUAGUUUUUUGCUUUGCUGUGUUUGCUGAUGUGGUUUUGGAAUUGUCGGCCGAUUUUGUUUCUGGGAUUUUGUGUCCUGUUUACUUUGCUGGAUUUGGUUUUAGAUUCAACUUGCCUUUCCUUUUGAAGCAAAAGAAUGCGGGUUUAAUGUUUUUGGUUAUGCUUUUGUUAUGCUUACCUAAAGUUUUGAGCUCUGUGAUUGUCACUUUCUUCUUCGGUAUGUCUGCCCGAGAUGGAGUUGCCAUUGGAUUGCUUCUCAACACCAAGGGUAUCAUGGCUGUCAUACUAUUGAAUAUUGCUUGGGACAAAAGGAUUUUGGAUCCAUAUGCUUUCAUGGUUAUGAUGCUUGCUAUUAUAGUAAUGACUGUAAUGGUUUCUCCCUUGAUCAAUGCAAUAUACAAACCAAAAUUCCGAUUCAUGCAAUCGCAAUUAAGGACCGUGCAAAAACUGAGGUUCGAUGUGGAGCUUCGAAUCGUCGCUUGUGUCCACAAUGCUAAACAUGCCAAUAACAUGAUCCAUGUCAUUGAAGCCACAAAUGCUACUAGACUUUCACCUAUACAUGUAUCAGUAGCUCACUUAGUUCAACUCACUAGACAUGGCACAGCUAUUCUUGUUUCACAAAUGGAUAAUUCAAACAGCACGAUUGGUGGCGCAGAAGCAACCAACUAUGGAUCACAAUUAGAGUUUGAGAGCAUAACUAAUGCAUUUGAAAAACUCGUAGAACAAUACAAUGCAAUUAGGUUUGACAUAUCAAGUGUUAUCUCGUCCUACACAACUAUCCAUGAGGACAUUUACAAUGUUGCCGAAGAGAAACGCGCCAUCCUAAUUCUCCUUCCCUUUCACAAAGACUACUCAACAAUAGAAGAUGCUCCAGAAAUAAUCCACAAUGAACAUUGUGAGAUAAACAAAAAUGUUCUACAAAAAGCACCUUGUUCGGUAGGGAUCUUUGUGGAUCGCGGUUUAGGAUCGUUGUUAGAAAUAAAAUUACGCAUUAUAAUGAUUUUCAUCGGUGGACCUGACGACCGUGAAGCCUUGUCUAUUGCAUGGAGAAUGGCGAGGCAUCCAGGAACACAAUUACAUGUUGUGAGGAUCAAUCUGUUAGGUAAGGCUGUAGAAGAAACAAAACUAAAAAUGGAAAAAAGCAAGUCUCGUCAUGGAAUGUUGUCGACGGUUAUAGACAAUGUGAUGCAAAAGGAGUUGGAUGAAGAGUGUAUAAUUUCCUUUAGGCACAAAGCAGUGAACAAUAACGAUUCAAUUCUUUACUCAGAGAAGGAAGUCCAUUCGAAUACGGGCGAAGAGAUUCCAACGCUUCUUAACGAUAUUGAUAAACCUGGAUAUGAUUUGUACAUUGUUGGACAAGGAAGCGGUAAGAACUCGGUGAUUUUUUCGAGGUUGUUGGAAUGGUGCGACCAUCCUGAACUUGGUGUUAUAGGUGACAUAUUGGCUUCAACUAACUUUGGUACGCAAUCUUCUGUGCUUAUUGUGCAACAAUAUUUGGUUGGAAGAAAACACGUUAUGAGAAAAUGUCAUGAAGUGAAAAGUGGUACUGAAAAUUUGUAA